AUGGUCCAUGAUGUCAGGAGUCAAAAGCAACUGCGAUUGAGGGCAACCGGUGCAAACUUUGAUGAGGAUGAGGCCUAUCGGCUGCUCUACAAUCUUGUUGACUCGUACAACACCUCCUCUCUCAAAUUGGCGUUCCUGAAGCCACAUGAGAAGGAUGACCAUAGACCUGCUUCUAGUCCCAUUGGCCGCCACCAGACGACCCUGAAAAGAAAACAGUCAGUGAGUCUGGCACGUGAGGCUGGCUUGACUGGUCAGCCACUUGCCCUUCAGAGACAUCGAGACAGGCAGCACGCAAGCACAAGUCAAGACUCUCAAGAUGACGAGGAUCAAGAUGGGACUGGAGAGACAGAUGAUGGCAGUAGCACACAUACCUCACCAGCACAAAAGAGGCGGCGGAUGCUACAGAUGCAAAUCAGUGACACCCUUGUCAAAGGCGUGAACAGGCUGAUUGAUCUUCACGCAGCUACGUUUGUCCAUGGGAGCCAACAGAACCAUGGUACUUCUCAGUCAUCGGAUCAAGAAGUGGCUGCAAUCAGGAGUCAGGUCAGCCAGCUGCGAACGGAGCUGACUGGAAUCAAACAGGGGCUCAGUGGUCUUAGUUCAAAGAUUGAUAUGGUCCUACGUAUGCUCAUGCAGAGUGAGAUUAGGGAACCCUUUCGGUAA